CCCGCUACUCCGAAUAGCCCAUGGUAUGGAGAUUAAUAGAGAACAAUUGAACAUCUUGCUUCAGCUCUACUUCAUUAACCUCUAAUCUAACGCUUCCCAAGUUUUGUGUUGUCGUCAUAAUCAAAUCAAACUAAUCCAGCAUCAGUACUCAAUCCACGAGCUAGUUCCCACUAUAUGAGAAGCACUACCUACAAUGAAAAUACCAAACCCAAAUGACUCCACGACGUUUGGUAAUGCCCUACUGUUGCGUGUUGAUGGAGCAAUUGGUGCAAUGUCAUUGUCUCCAAACGGUAGGGAUGCCGUUCUAGCUGGACGUAGAGGGCUAUUCAUUAUCGACCUUGACGACCCGUUUACCACUCCAAGAUGGCUACACCACAUUACUUCAUGGGAGGUAGCAGAUGUUCAAUGGUCUCCGAACCAUGUCAAACCUUCAUGGUGUAUUUCCACAUCCAAUCAGAAGGCGUUGCUUUGGGACUUGGCUAGGCCGUCCAGUAAUGCUAUUGUCAACGUUUUGCAUAGGCAUACUCGUGCUAUAACAGAUAUCAACUUUCAUCCUUCGAAUCCGGAAGUUUUGGCAACGUGCUCUAUUGAUACUUUUAUCUUGAGUUGGGAUAUGCGUGCCCCCCGAAAGCCAGUGGCACAAUGGGCUGAGUGGAGAGCGGGAACCACGCAGGUGAAAUGGAAUCAUGAAAAUCCUUACGAAAUUGCAUCCAGUCAUGACAAUGCCUUUUACAUCUGGGACUCGCGGAAGGGCUCUUUGCCAUUGAUUAAAGUCUCCAAGGCACACAAUGGAAAAAUUAAUGGUUUGGACUUUAGCAACGGAGCCUCUAAUAUUAUCACUUGUUCCAAUGACAAGACCGUCAAAUUCUGGAAUUUAAAAACUCCUGAAGCCAAGCAAUAUGCAGACUCCUUCAAUUUCUUCGAUGGGUCCCUGAGCGAAAGCUCAUUAAAACCGGCAGUUGUUUUGACUACUGAUUAUCCAGUUGCUCGUGCUCGUUCUCUACCUUUUGGAUCUGAUAAAGCAUGUGGAAUAAUGCCCUUAAGAGGUGGUGAAGAUGCAAUCCAUAUCGUUAAUUACGAUGCUGCAUAUCAGAAAGCUUUAGCAACUAACCAAACGCAAGAGCUUUUAGCAGAUCCCAUUCACAAAUUUAAGGGUCAUGAGGGUCCCAUGAAGGAUUUUCUUUGGAGGACUAGACAUGAAAAUUAUGAGGGCUUUGAAUCAAAAAAUAAAUGGAAAGACUACCAGUUGGUAACAUGGUCUUCACAAGAUUACGACUUAAAGUUAUGGCCCAAGGAAGAAGGUUUGUCCAAAAUGGUAAACUAUAAUCCAUCCUAUAACAAAUUGCUUUCACUUUUCAAGAAUGAUGACCUGGAUGAUGAUGUUAAGACCUCAUCGCCCACGACUGUUGAUACGGAGGCUAAAACUCCGGUUGCUUACAGUUAUCAAACUUACUGCACAGAACCACCACUCACUAUAGAAGAUAUAAAAAGAAGGAAUAACGGGGAUGAUUUAUCAUCUAUGGCAUUAUAUCGAAUCGCAGACAAACACCUGCAAAAUGGACAUCACAUAAAUCAGUUGAAUCAUCUAGACUGGAUUUCGGGUGUUCGUAUGGGGCGUCGAACUGGUCAAGAUCAUAGAAAGGAUAGUACAAAUAGUUUUGAAGAUGAUGACAACCCAUCCAACUUGGGUGAAGAAGUCAGUAUUGUUGGGCAUAAGUUCCCUAAAGUCAGAUUUGAGAAAAUAUCGGUCUCUACUGGAGAGUUGGUUAUUAGUUUAAGGGGUCCGGCACCACUAAUUGAACUGAAACUGACUGAACAUUCGUCUGAAUCUAACGACGAGGAAAUUAUCACAGCUGUUGAAAAGGAGCAUGGAGAUAAGCAUAAAAGAUCCAGCUUAGCAAAUGCAAGCAUGACCAGUGCUGAUGUAAAUGAUGUCGAGGAAACACAAUCUGAAAUCAACAAUACCACUGCUAUAAGUAGCAACAUUGCACAAACAUUAAAUGAAGAUAACCAAGAGCAAAAACUAGUGUUUAUUCGAUUAGUGGUUAAGUUUCCAAAGGACUACCCGUACUUGGAAGAAGUCAAGUCUGAUGUUCUUCCCACAAAAAAAUUAGUUAAAUUCCAAAAGCUGAACUUGGUCAAGUUUGAUAUCGAAGAAACUUAUGAGUUGACCUCUAUUUUAAGGGAUGAAAUGCUCAAGAAUUUGAGUGAAAUAUCUCAAUUCUUCACAAAUAAGUAUAAACGGUUCUGCUUGGAACCAUGCCUCAGAUACUUAAUGGGAGAUAAAAUAGAAUUGAACGAAGAGUUGAUGAAAGAAUCGCAAAGGGAUAAUAAUGAUGACUCGAUAGAUGGUGAUGGGUACAUAGAAGUGGGCACAGAGGGAUGGGCUGACGAUUUGAUUAGCCAACAACCGGAUUUCAAUGAGACUAUGAAAGAUGACUCCUCGGGAGAAGAAGAUGCAGAAUACAAUGAUUUGAUUCCUGCUGUAAACGACAAUUCUAAUAUGCUCAAUAGUACCGACUCCUUGAAGUACACUGAGUCGAGUAUCAAUCUCAAGGGCAUAGAUAACCUGGGUGCUAAGAAAACAUUUUUUGAUUCAACUCCAGUCCCUAAGGGAUGUGGCGCAACUUGGUCCCCCACAGGUCAAUUGGUUUGUUUCUUCAUUCCAAAAGAUAAUGACGAGGAUGAAGUUAAAUCACGUCAAAAGUUUAACAUUUUCAAAUUUACCGAUGGAGGUUUCAGUGUAGGGGGCAAUAGUCAUCAUCAUCAUCACCAUCACCAUGCUAGAACUACUUCUGACUCAAAUGAGUCUGAUGUUGGAAAUGACAGCUACACAAGCAAUUCUGAUUCGGAUAAUGAUGACUCCGAUAGCGCAUCCGCUACUUCUUCUGAUGACAGCUUUGCCAACGACUGGGAUGAGAUUCUCCAGGAUGAUGCAGGUACAAGAGCACGAAUACCUGGAUUAUUUAAAACCUCGGUAGGCUUGGGCAACAGAUACAUCAGUAAGGGACAGGGUGAGUCCAUUAAGAGACUCACAAGUCAAGGAGGUACAACAUCCAAUUACAAAUCAUCAAUACCCGGUGAGGCAAGUAUCCAGAGAAAGAGAAGAGAGAAGAAGAAUAAGAAUAUUGUUGGUAUCUUCGACUUUAGACACCUAUUACCUGACAAGUAUGAAUUGGCCUGUGAGUAUAGAGUUCUUGGUGAUGCUCCGGAGUAUUUGGCUCGAUACAACAGUGAAAUUGCACUUAAGUACGGGUUGAAGGAUAUUAGUGAUGUAUGGAAGAUUUUGGAGUUGAUUUUGGUGAAGGAGGUCCAAAGAGACGACUUCAAUCCCGAAUAUUAUCCAACGCAUAUGGAGUCAGAUCUACGUGUCGCAAGAAAUAACGAAAUGAUGACCCAAUUAGUCCAAAAUUCCGAAGUUACAAGAAAGUUCAUGCAGAAGAAGAACUAUCGAUUCUACUGGGGAACUCAUCCUUUGGGGCACGCAUGGCUUAUUCAAGAAAUAUUCGAAUAUUUUGAGGCUAGAGGAAAUAUUCAGAUGCUUGCCAUGUUGUCAUGCAUCUUGUUUGAGAAUUCGGUUAACGUUAAUAAGAACUCUGACUUGCUAAAUGUCCCUAUCCAUACACCGUACCAUGUGCUUCCUCCUCCUCCUUCUAUGAUCGCUAUGAGGAAGUUCAAUGAAUAUCAAGAGGAGAGAGUAUUCUCCAAUUCUCAUGAGCAGUUUAACUUGUUGUUUCAUGACUCAUUCAGCACUGAUAACAGGGUUCAAGACUACAUACAAUCGAAUCACAGGAACUCGUCCAUUCUGGUGUUCAGAAAAGAUCAGCUGCUGGUAGUGGGUGCGCCCUAUGCAAAAUCUAUAUCCUCUUCGUUUGACAUCGGGAGUCUCAAAGAUAGUUCGCCCGAGCGACUUCUCAACAAAAAGAACAUACAACCAAACCACAAUUUCCUUCUGUUCAGUGAAAAACCUUCGCCAAUGGAAAUGUCAUAUUCAAAACUUUCUACUCCAAUGCUGAAAUCUUCAAGGAAUAAACAUACAGAAAAGAAAAGAGUAAACCCAAGAAAUACAAAGGUUAUAACUAAGAACAGAGCUAGACCACCUCCUGCUGUUGGUAUUGAAAUGUGCAACACCGACGAACUUGAUCUUUUCGAUGACAUAUACUCAUUACCGUUACUUCAUUCGCAAGACGAAGAGAAACUUAAAGGGUACAGAGAGCUGUAUGCCAAUAUGCUUUUCUUGUGGGGCCUUCCGAUUAAUAGAAUUAAGAUCUUGAAGUUCAAUUACCCAGAAAUUGAUGAAAAGAAGACCGAAGCUUAUAUUUCUCCUUUUGAUGUUCAUCGUUGUGAAUUUGGAAUUAGGAGUAAACGUAGGCAGAAUCAUAUCCAACCUUUCAUUAAUUCAGUUACUCUGAUCACGACUUCGAAAUCAAAUGCUUGGAACACCAACAAGCGGAAUAUUUUGAAGUUCUGUGUUUUCUGCAAUUUGAUGGCCACCAAAAAUCUUGUUCUCUGCACAAAUUGUGAACAUGUACUUCAUACCGAUUGUGCAUCUGAAUGGUGGUCUGGAAAGGAAAAUAACCAUGCUGAAUGUCCAAGUGGAUGUGGCUGCAAUUGUUUAGAACAUACGAUUUGAUAACGAAUUAUGUCAUUAAUUAUUCUUUAAUACACGAUACAUACAGU